AAGAAGAAGAAGAAGAAGGAGAAGAAAGUCCAAAAGAGUGGAAGGAACUGGUGAUUUCUGGAAAGGAGAAAGGAGACCUGGUAGAGGAAGGGCCGUGAGGAGCGGACCCACUGGGGAGGUCUCCAUGAGUAGACUGGGCCACUGCUCUGAAGACCUCGGCUCUCACCUCUCACACCUGGCGCUUAAUCAACAUCGCAAGUUGAGGAGCAGAAGUCGUAUAUGUCCAUUGUAGAAAACUUGGGAAAUCCAGAGAAGGAUUGAAGUAUGGAACUGUUGAGCUCACAGAAAAACCAGGCAGGCCUCAUCCCGGAGCACCACUGAGGGCAACAGGAAGCCAUGGGAGACCAGGAGGGAGCUGCUGAAUUAGCCCUGGUGUUGACAGUGGCAACGGGGAUGAAGAUGAGAGUAGACUCACAGGAUCCUCAGUCUUCCACAAUGAACCCUGUUUAUAGCCCCGUGCAGCCUGGGGCUCCUUAUGGCAACCCUAAGAACAUGGCCUACACAGGUUACCCUACAGCCUACCCGGCAGCAGCCCCUGCCUACAAUCCCAGCCUGUACCCCACCAAUAGCCCCAGUUAUGCUCCAGAGUUUCAGUUCCUGCAUUCAGCUUAUGCAACUCUGCUGAUGAAACAGGCCUGGCCACAGAACUCGUCUUCCUGUGGUACUGAAGGCACCUUCCACCUCCCAGUGGACACCGGGACCGAGAACCGAACUUACCAAGCAUCCUCUGCGGCUUUCAGAUAUACUGCGGGGACACCAUACAAGGUCCCACCGACCCAGAGUAAUACCGCUCCGCCCCCCUACUCCCCAUCACCCAACCCCUAUCAGACGGCCAUGUAUCCAAUCAGAAGUGCCUACCCCCAGCAGAAUCUGUAUGCCCAGGGAGCCUACUACACACAGCCGGUGUACGCUGCCCAGCCCCACGUCAUCCACCACACCACGGUUGUCCAACCCAACAGCAUUCCCUCCGCCAUCUACCCAGCGCCUGUUGCUGCCCCCCGGACCAACGGUGUGGCCAUGGGCAUGGUAGCCGGCACCACCAUGGCAAUGUCAGCAGGUACCCUGCUGACUGCACCCCAGCACACCGCGAUUGGGGCACACCCUGUGUCCAUGCCAACAUACAGGGCCCAAGGGACCCCUGCGUACAGCUAUGUGCCCCCGCACUGGUAAAGCCUGCAGCCCAUCCAAGUGAGUGGGGCCCCGGCUGGGAGAGAUCUGGAGUCACACAUUGUAUGCAACUACUCAAGUCUUACACAGGUGCUGGAGCAGUUCCCUAGCAGCACCACCUCUAUUUGCAAGAAGAGACAACGGAAGUGCAAGGGUCACUUUAUGCAUCUUUAACGGUUUUGGUUUUUAUUUUUGGUUUUUGUAAAAGCUGCUUUUUCUAAUCUCCUGCCUCUCCCCCAAUGUCCCCUUAGCCACUACCCUUCCAGCUCUGCCCCCUCCUCCAGACCAAGCACAUCCUCUCUGCUCUUCUUCUCUCCUUCCCCAAGCAUCCAGUCCCCAAGGAUCCUAGUCUAGUGGCGGAGAGUGGGGUUUAUUGCAAUGGUUCAGGUGAAGGUGUGAUUUCCUUUGAAGAGCAUAACAUGUGUGGCCUUUGGGUCCAGGGUAGGUACUCAAUGCUGUUGAGCAGGUUACAUCUCUGGGAGAUUGUUUCUUUAUUUUUCCGGAGCAAGAUUAGUUUAGGACGUUACCAUGUCCUGACACAAAGGAAAUGACUUCUGAGAACCAUCGCAACAGACCGAGAACAGAACCACCUGAUUAGGUAGGAGUGUUCAUAGCAGCUUAAUACCCCAGGUGAGAACCUGGGAAAACCAGAUUCUUUCUUUGGGAGAACUUGAGGGAGGGUGCGGGGGAGGGCACUGGGGGAAGGAAGAGGGAAGAGAGGUGCUUGCCUGCUGGCUUUGAUUUGUAAGGUCUCUGGCCAAAUUGUCUGGGCCUGGACCCUCUGAUUUGCACAGUGUUGUUAACUGACCUGGCACUUCCUCAAAACGUAAUUUUGACCUCAGACCUGCCAAGCAGCUGCAGGGUGAUGGUAUCCCAGCCUCCCAAAGUCUUGGAAGGCCAGAUGCCCUAUGUAAUCCAGACCUUGGCCCUGGAGUCCACAGGGGCCCACUCUGAUGAGAUGCUUCCUCCUGAUUAGAGUGGGAACCUAUGGCAUUUCUCUCCCUUCCUUCUGCCCUUCCCGGUGCCAGGGCUCACCAGCUUGUCCGUGGGGCUCUUGGUUAUCUUGUGCCAUUCAUGGCCAGAGUGAAGGAACCACAUUCCAGGUGGGUGCUGGCAGCUCUGAAGGUCAGGAUAGUGAAGGAAAAGCAAUAGCAAUAAACAUUUCAUAGACUCAUGGAACUGACGGGACCUUAGCAAUCAUCUCAUCCAUUCCCCCGUUUGAUAGAUGAGGAAGCUGAGGCUCAGAGAAGAUGAAAGAACUUCCCUAGAUCUUGCAGUAAAUUAGCAUUAAAUGCAGCCUUCCUACCUAGGGGCAUGUUAUCCACAAAAAUUUACCUAGGGAUGGAUUGGCUUGGUUUUGUAGAAAUUAAGUCAGCAGCACUCACACCCGGUAAAACUCUGGAACAGUGUCUGGGCUUUUGUUUCUGCUCUUUUUCUCCAUCGAUUCCAAAGUGGGGUUGAAGACUGGGCAGAGGUCACAUGGGGGCAGAUGGCAGGAACAGAAAUUGCAAAUGGAGAAAUAGCAUUUGGAAAUUCUGUGAAGACAUCUGUAACUUUUGUUCUAUACCUGACUCCAGCCCUAGGAGAAGCAGCAAGUGGGCUGGCUCAAGAGGAGGAUCGAUGCUUUUAGGACAAAAGCCCCUCCUCCUGAGAAGAGAGGGGGACAAGGAUGAGGCCCAGGAGGCAUGAGCUCAUGGGAGAAGAGGAACCCCUAAGUCAGGAGGCCCAGCUAGCCUCAGCCAGGAGUGUAGGUCGCCCAGCACUGUGCCCUGCACCCAGCGUUUGGCUGGGCCAGCAGCCCCUUUGGGGGUGGGGGUGCAGGAACAUUUUACUGUACAAAAUGGGAUCAUUGAUAACAUUUGGGACUUUUAAAUAACCCUUUUCAUUUUAAAUUCACGUGCACUUGGACAAAUCCUUACCCCUACCUCCCAUGUCUCCCUUAAAGGAGGAAAAAAUCAGGAAACUCUUGAGCCAGAAGGACCUCAGAGGUUGUCUGGCCAUUCCCAGGAGGGCAAAGCCCAUCAGCAUCCAACCCAGAGCCAGGAGUUGGGGGACCCGCCUUCUUGGCUUUCCAGGGAGCUGCAGGACCAGCGAGGAGAAGCCAGCUGUUCUAAAUGGCCUGUUCUAGGGCGCUGAUGGGGUUUCAUUUUAAAACAACAAAGUUUUCCAGUGUUGAUCCAUUUUGCAGAUACCUCCUCCUACUCUCUGGUUUUGUAAGGGUGGGUGAAGGUGGUCCUAGAUUAUGUCAUACAUGUGUGGAAAAUGCCAAAAUAAUACUAAUGAUAAUAAUAGGAAACCUUUGCAUUUGUCAGGUGCUUCAUAGAUUUCUGAGCACUUCACAGCCUUUAAUUUACUGGCCCUGAGAGAGGACGGGGUGAGAGUUACUGCACGUGUCUAACAAACGAGGAAACUGGUUGUAGAAGAAAAGGGAACUUGUCAGUGUGAGCAGACUGCUAGUAUCCUAAUAGGUUUCCAUGUACCCUGCUGCCUCUAGGUGGGCUGGGUAGAACCACAGAGAAGAAGUUAAAAGGAGGAGACCUAGGAAUGACCUUGUUGCUUUUUUUCUUUCUAUACCAGUAAGUAAAAACUAACAUCUAGUACCUCACAGUUCACAAAGCAAUUUCACAUCAAUCGUCUGGCUUAACCCUGUGAAAUUGGUUAUUCCUCCUGUUGAUCCGUGAGGACACUGAGACCUGGGAAAGCAAAGCGACUUCCUCAUAAGUGGCAAAGCCACUUGAAUCCCAGUUUGCUUUCCCUCCAGUCUGACUCCACACACAGGCUUGAGGACUAAAGCAUCUAUGCUCUGCACCUCUCUUUGCCCUAGUAAUUCCAGAUCAAAGACAGGCCCCAAGGCAAAGUCAAGGUGCUGAAAGGCUGUGGUCUGGAAGAGUCCCAAGUCCAGCACCCCCUUUUCAAUGUGCAUGGUGGAGCCCCAGUUCUGCUGGCUUCCCCCUCUUGCUUUGACGGAGAUCCACAAGCCUGGCCAAGCUUGGGGAGUCAUCGCAAAGGGAAUAAGCCCAGGAGAACAGGGGCAGUGGUGUGCCUCUGGUAGGACGAACAUUCGUGGUAGGAUCAUAGGCAUCUUUUGGGAGGCAUCCAGAGAUGCGGGAUGGCCCACUGGUAACGCUGGACAGAAGGUCAGAGCUGGAAGGGCCCUGUCAUUGUAGGAAGGCCAUCGAGCCAGAGAGGACAAGGGGUGUGCCCACAUGACACAGCUCCAGUGCUGGCACCAGCAUGCAAGCGCCUCUCCACUCCACUGCCUGCCCAGUACCACAUGCUUGGUGGCCAGGGUUAGGGGUACAGGUGGUUUUAGUUACCAGCCAACCCUCUUGGCUUCCCCAACUUGUACCUGAGUCCCUUUCCUCAUUAGCCUGAGGCCCAGGAAUCUGGAGUCUGGAGUGCCCCCCAGUGGUCAGAGCCUAAAACAACUUUUCUGCCACUUUUGAAAAAAAUUUUUUUCCUCAAGAGACAGGACAGUUGCUGUGGCUCUUCUCUCUUGGCAGUGACCCUGAAGUGUAUAUCCCCUUACCUAAAUAUCGAACAAGGACACAUACACCUAUCCACAGGUUUGUUUGUUUUUAAUGUAUAAAGUGCUUCGACAUUCA